AGUGUCAAAAAUAUUGAGUUAGAGUGUGUUCACAGAUACAGAUUAAUCUGUGCUGGCGUUACGUUCUAGUUCUAGUAGAUUAAGAUUUGUGAAGAAAUUCCGUUCUGUAACCACGAUUUAUUGAGAAGUUUGAUUAGAUACUUUUUCACUGAGUUUUUUUCGAGAUCAAUUCGAAGACGAAUACUCAAAGUGUAGAAAAUGGCUCGUCGAUAUGAUACGAGAACGACAAUCUUUUCACCAGAAGGAAGACUUUAUCAGGUGGAAUAUGCAAUGGAAGCUAUAUCCCAUGCUGGUACCUGUCUCGGUAUUUUAGCUAAUGAUGGGAUUUUAUUAGCAGCAGAAAGACGCAAUACAAAUAAAUUAUUGGAUGAGGUGUUUGCUUCUGAAAAAAUAUAUAAACUGAAUGAAGAUAUGGUGUGUAGUGUUGCUGGCAUAACAUCUGAUGCCAAUGUUUUAACUAAUGAAUUGCGUUUGAUUGGACAGCGAUAUUUAUUCCAGUAUGGAGAAUCUAUCCCUUGUGAACAGUUAGUAUCAUGGUUAUGUGAUGUCAAACAGGCCUACACUCAAUAUGGAGGAAAACGUCCAUUUGGUGUUUCAAUAUUAUAUAUGGGGUGGGAUAAACAUUAUGGAUAUCAGCUCUAUCAAUCUGAUCCCAGUGGCAAUUAUAGUGGUUGGAAAGCAACUUGUAUUGGAAACAAUAGUUCGGCUGCCAUUUCCAACUUGAAACAGGAGUAUAAAGAAGGAGAAAUGACACUAAAGGAUGCAAAAUCUCUGGCUAUAAAAGUUCUUGUCAAAACUUUGGAUAUGGCUAAACUUACUUCAGAAAAAGUGGAAAUGGCUACUUUAUCACGUGUGAAUAAUAAAACAGUAAUCAACAUUUUGAGCAGUACAGAAGUGGAAAACUUGAUAAGUGAGUUUGAAAAAAAUGAAGCUACUCUUGAGGCUACCAGAAAAGAACAGAAACAAGCAGUCUGAUUGAUUUGUUUUUAUAUGUUUAUUUGAAGCUGUAAAUGAAAACAUGAUAAGCGAACAUUUUUUUCAUUUUAUUUUUGCUAAAGUUCAAUGAAAGUAUGAAAUAAAUGAAAAUAUAUUC